CCCCCGCCGCCUCCCCCUCCUCGCCCCCCCGGCUUCCCACCACGGCCGCUCUCGGCGAGGAAACUCUGGCCUCCGCUUCCUCCUCCUCCGACUCGGACACCGGCGGAGCCUCCCCGCCCCCGCGGAAGAAAGCCCGGGCCUCCCCGGCGGCGGCGGAGGGAGCAGGAGAGCCCGGGGCUUCCGCGGGCAGAGCAGGCCUCACCUCGUCCCAGUCCCCCUCGGUGCCCGCCGGGCUCGCCCCCGCCGCCGCCCCGCUCAGAGGCAGUAGCAGCAGCGGCGGCAUCGCCAGCAGCGCCAUGCAGGCCAACGGGGCGGGAGGGGGCCAGCAGCAGCAGCAGCCGCCGCCGCAGGGCCCCGAGCUGGGCUGCCUGGGCGCCCAGAACGGCGAGGCCUCGGCGGGCACGGCCGCCGGUGACCAGCUGGCCCACGCCAACGGGCUGCUGCCCUCGGCCAACAGCGGCGGCCCCGGCGGCGGCAGCCCCGGCGGGCUCGGCGUCAACAACGGGGUGCCCGCCGCCGGGGGGCCCGGCCCGGCCGCCGCCGAACUGGGGGGUGGCGGCGGCGGCGGCAGCGCCCUGAAGAAGAAGAAGCGGCUCUCGCAGUCCGACGAGGACGUGAUCCGGCUGAUCGGGCAGCACCUCCACGGGCUGGGGCUCAACCAGACUGUUGAUCUCCUCAUGCAAGAGUCAGGAUGUCGUUUAGAACAUCCUUCAGCUACCAAAUUCCGCAAUCAUGUCAUGGAAGGAGAAUGGGAUAAGGCUGAGAACGACCUGAAUGAACUUAAGGCCUUAGUGCAUUCUCCGCAUGCAAUUGUGAGGAUGAAGUUUUUGCUGCUGCAGCAGAAGUACCUGGAAUACCUGGAGGAUGGCAAGGUCCUGGAGGCACUUCAGGUUCUACGCUGUGAACUGACGCCUCUGAAAUAUAACACAGAACGCAUUCAUGUCCUCAGUGGGUACCUGAUGUGUAGCCAUGCAGAAGACUUGCGUGCAAAAGCUGAGUGGGAAGGGAAAGGAACAGCUUCCAGAUCUAAACUUUUGGACAAACUCCAGACCUACCUGCCCCCAUCAGUGAUGCUUCCUCCGAGGCGUUUACAGAACCUGCUGCGCCAGGCUGUGGAACUCCAACGGGACCGGUGCCUAUAUCACAACACCAAACUAGACAGCAACCUAGAUUCUGUCUCGCUGCUAAUAGAUCACGUUUGUAGUAGGAAACAGUUCCCAUGCUAUACCCAGCAGAUCCUAACGGAGCACUGUAACGAAGUGUGGUUCUGUAAAUUCUCCAACGACGGCACUAAAUUAGCAACAGGAUCUAAGGACACAACUGUUAUUAUAUGGCAGGUUGAUCCAGACACUCACCAGCUAAAACUCCUUAAGACGUUAGAAGGUCACGCGUACGGGGUCUCCUACAUUGCCUGGAGUCCAGAUGACAACUACCUUGUUGCCUGUGGCCCAGAUGAUUGUUCUGAGCUUUGGCUCUGGAAUGUACAAACUGGGGAGCUGAGGACAAAGAUGAGCCAGUCUCAUGAAGACAGUUUAACAAGUGUGGCCUGGAAUCCUGAUGGGAAGCGUUUUGUAACGGGAGGGCAGCGUGGACAGUUCUACCAGUGUGAUUUAGAUGGUAAUCUCCUUGACUCCUGGGAAGGGGUGAGAGUACAAUGCCUUUGGUGCUUGAGUGAUGGGAAAACUGUUCUAGCGUCGGACACACACCAGCGAAUUCGGGGUUAUAACUUCGAGGAUCUCACAGACAGGAACAUAGUACAAGAGGAUCACCCUAUUAUGUCGUUUACUAUUUCAAAAAAUGGCCGUUUAGCUUUGUUAAAUGUAGCAACUCAGGGAGUUCACUUAUGGGACUUACAAGACAGAGUUUUAGUGAGAAAGUAUCAAGGUGUUACACAAGGAUUUUACACAAUUCACUCGUGUUUUGGAGGUCAUAAUGAAGAUUUCAUUGCGAGUGGCAGUGAAGAUCACAAGGUGUACAUCUGGCACAAGCGCAGCGAGCUGCCCAUCGCGGAGCUGACGGGGCACACGCGCACGGUGAACUGCGUCAGCUGGAACCCGCAGCUCCCGGCCAUGAUGGCCAGCGCCUCCGACGACGGCACCGUUAGGAUAUGGGGACCAGCGCCUUUCGUAGACAACCAGGAUAUUGAAGAGGAAUGCAGUAGCAUGGAUAGUUGAUGGCGAAUUUGGAGCAGACGACUUCAGUUUAACUUAAUUAGUCGUAUUUUAAAUGGCUUGGGAUUUGGUGCAAACAAACAUGAUUGAUAGCUGGACAGACAUGCUCGUCAUGAAAAAAGAACCAUUUCUGAAGCCCAGUUGGGGCCAAACAUUUACCACCUUUGCUUCAUAGUAACCAGUCGAGAUGAAGCACGUCUUUAGAACUUUGUUGGACACCGUGUUGAAAUUACCCCCCCAUCGGUUGUGAAGAACUGUGCUACAUUCAGGCUAACCAUUGAACUCAGUAUAUAUAUUUUUCCCUCCUGCCUUUUUGUCUGGCAGGCUACUGUUCUUGUUGCUCUUCUGUGUAAUGAAGUUUAAAUGCUUGUUUGGAACACUUUAUUUAACAGUUUAGAAGGCUUGAUAGAAAGAGUGCUUUAGUCUGAAGAGUAUACAUUGGAUAGGAAAGUAUUUCCUUCUCUUGUUUCUCAAGUCUCUCUCCGCCUUACUUAGCUUGAGAUCUUUGCAGCUUGGUUCAUGGAUUCUAGCCUUGCCCGUUGCGCAGUAUAUCUAUCAAUUGAGAGGAUAAACCAAUGAACUAUGUCAAAAGCACUCUCAGUAUCACAUUUGACAAAAAGUUUUGUACUUUUCACAUAGCUCGUUGCCCUGCAAAGGGGUUAACAGCACAAUUUUUUAAAAAUAAAUUAUUUAUAGGAUUAAAAUGACUUCAUUUGUAUACAUUUGGAAUUAAAACAAUGCAAGAAGUGUCGUGAAACAUGGUAUCACUGAUGCUUUUCUGGAGUGGCCUGAGACCCAAUCAGAAGCAGUGGCUGGAAGGAGAUUGAUAUAGGCAGUAAAGCUUGUUUCAGAUGGAGGAAUUCACUGUCCAUCUUAACAGUUAAACUGUAUUAGCUAGGAGAAAAAAGCAUUCAGACUGCACCACCAGUCUAAGAGCUGAAACAAGAAGAGGUCUUUUGGUUUUUUUAAUUACAGAAAUAUAUGCAACAAUGCUGGUGUAAAAGGUAGACUACACUUUGAGGGAAGAAUGUGUUGAAAGAGUCCUUUCUUCACAAAGUCAACACUUUGUAUAAGUAAUUUACGUACAAAUCAUAAUUAAACACUUGUGUUAUGAUGGAAA